CUCGCCUUUCAUGUCACCAUGCUUCUUGUAUGCGCGGACGCAGCCAAUCUCUUUCUCAUGACGCCACCGAGGCUGGGCUCAGAUGGCUUCGAUCAUAAUAUUUAACAGACCCACCCAGGAUGAACACUUGGAAGGAAGACAAGGCAGUGUUGAGAGGACAAAUCACGACCAGGAUCCCAGCACCUGCCAGCCUGCGUCUAAUUUGACUUCAACGAGGCUCGCAGCAGCUUUGUCAUUACAGAAGUGGGGCAGCAUCCAAGCACCUUGCUGCGGAUGACCUGUUCUUUUUAUUUUAGGAUUUUUUUUCCUCUUCUUUCUAUUUGGUGAUGAAUUGACUUGGAAGGCGGCGUUUCUGAGGACUAGGUGAAACCAAUCCCUAUUGUGACUUUUUUUCUUAGUUAUGACACGUUUGACAUCUCCGCGCUGGCAGCAACAGGAAGCAGGUCUGAAGACUAUCGAUGCUUUAAACGGGACCCUGCUUUCUUUGGUUUUGCGAUAUAAAACAUUUAUGUAGUCUCCUUCCUGGCACUGCGUCCUGUUCUGCAACGCGCUAAAUGAAGAACACUUUUUUAUCCUCUGCCAGUGAAGUGUCCGGUUUUUACAAUGUGCCUCUUUGUGCACCUGUCAGAAAAUGAAGAUUUGGGACUAAUGUAAAUAACAGAGUCUGCCAAACAUGGUGGAGUUUUUGGCAUCGGUUGCCGCCCAUCAUGUGUGAAAUACUCCUAGAAAAUAAUAGUAAAAUUGUUCUCUUUUCAUAGCAUAACGCUGUUGGACAUCAAUGUCUGUACCGUAAGGUGCGCUGCUCUUUAAGCUUACUCGGUGAGAAGAAAUAUAGUCUAUAUUUAUAACCAUGAUACUGUUUCGUAAAUUCAGAGUGUUGAUACUUAUGGUGUUUUUAGUUGCGUGCACCAUGCAUAUUAUGAUAGACUUGUUACCAAAACUGGAGAAGAGAGCGGCCGGAGCGGACAGCGGGGACGGCGGCUGUCAGUGCGCCCACCAUACGGGCAGAGACUCGCAGAGCUGGGGGAAGCAGCGCGCCAGGUCGGCGGCCGAAGCAGGCUGGCCUAAUAAACACACGUUGAGAAUCCUGCAGGAUUUCAGCAACGAACCGAGCUCUAACCUCACAUCGCAUUCCCUGGAAAAGAUCACAGCCGCCGGGGACAAAGCGGACCUCCUCAGGCGAAUGAGACAGUCGGCGGGGAAAGCGGAGGACAACAAGCCGCUCAUCGGGGACGCGAGCGGGGGUCGGACUGUUUCAGCCCACGGUGUUUCCCGACUGUCUGCUCUGUUUGAGAAUCCCUUAUACAAGGUUCACAUUCCUCCCCUCACGGAUGAUGACACUUUAUUUAACGUCAACACUGACAUCAGGUUUUAUCCCAGAGCAGCAGGAAACCAAGAAUGGCACAAUGAUGAAGGGAAUGAGGAAGAGGAUGACUUCUCUCCAACUGCAGAAGGGGCUGCAGAAUCUUAUCCCAACUGGCUGCGCUUUCACAUCGGGAUCAAUCGCUACGAGCUGUACCCCAGACACAGUCCUGUGCUGGAUGCCCUUCUAAAGGACCUGGUCACACAGAGGAUCACCACUGUGGCCAUGAAAUCAGGAGGCACCCAGCUAAAGCUGAUCAUGACUUUCCAGAACUAUGGACAAGCUCUGUUCAAGCCUAUGAAGCAGACCCGGGAGCAAGAAACACCUCCUGACUUCUUCUACUUCUCUGAUUUUGAGAGACACAAUGCUGAGAUUGCUGCUUUUCAUUUGGACAGGAUCCUUGACUUUCGGAGAGUGCCCCCGGUAGCGGGAAGGCUUGUCAACAUGACAAGGGAGAUCAGAGAUGUCACACGUGAUAAGAAGCUGUGGAGGACCUUCUUCAUCUCACCAGCCAAUAACAUCUGCUUCUAUGGUGAAUGCUCCUACUACUGCUCCACUGAGCAUGCUCUAUGUGGUAAACCCGACCAGAUUGAAGGAUCACUGGCAGCCUUCCUUCCAGACCUGAACCUGGCAAAACGCAAGACCUGGAGAAACCCCUGGAGGCGCUCCUACCACAAGCGCAAGAAAGCAGAGUGGGAAGUAGAUCCAGAUUACUGUGAUGAAGUGAAGCAGACACCUCCAUACGAUCGUGGCACUCGAUUGCUUGACGUCAUGGACAUGACCAUCUUUGAUUUCUUAAUGGGUAAUAUGGAUCGUCAUCAUUAUGAGACAUUUGAAAAGUUUGGAAAUGACUCUUUCAUCAUCCACCUUGAUAAUGGACGAGGAUUUGGAAAACACUCCCAUGAUGAGCUGUCCAUCCUGGUGCCUCUCAGUCAGUGUUGCAGGGUGAGGAGGUCCACUUACCUGCGUCUCCAGCUCCUGGCCAAAGAGGAGUACCAGCUGAGCUCCCUGAUGGAGGAAUCUCUCCUGCGUGAUCGCCUUUACCCUGUGCUCAUUCAGCCUCAUCUUCACGCCAUGGACCGCAGGCUCCGGCUGGUGCUGCAGGUCCUGGCAGGCUGUAUAGAAAAAGAAGGCUAUGUUAAUGUUGUGGAUGAAGACCUAGUUGGGGACACAGUCCCCCACAGGGGCCCAGGCCACAGGUAGUGAGGGCAAGACUCCAAGAUGACGUUAAUGACCACAGACAAAUUACCAAUGGACCACAUCUGUGGCUGUUCAACCAUUGGGAUUACACCAAAAAUCCCUCUUCUGAUAUCAAGCUGAAUUCAAUGAAUUCCAAGACUUGCCGACAUUGCCUCUAUGGAAAUUGCUUCUAGGUGUGUUUAUAUGGAAAAGGAAAAGUGUCUACAAAUACCACAAAAGACUGUUCUUACACAGAGGCUUUGCAUUUGUCAGGUACAGACAUGUUUUGUUCUAUCUGUAUAAGACAUACAGGAACAUCUACUUUGUUUCUGAUUUUGUCUAGUUUGUUCUGAACAUGGAGGAUACUAGUUUCUUUUAUAUGUUUUAUUAUAUAACAUAACCAAAUCCAGCACUGACUGGGCAGCAUAUGGUCAGAUAAUAAGCUUUAUCAGUUAUCACAAUGUAUGAAAAGGUUCAAAAACUAAUUUUGUUUUUUCUUGUUUUUUUUUCAUGACAUAUUUUAAGAUUCAAUGUUUUCAUUGAAUAUUACAAAGAUGGGGUCAUGCCUGGAACUAACAACACUCAACCAGAGGAAUAUGGGCAUAUCCAAAAAGUGUGCUCUCCUCAUAAUCUUAGUUUUUAAGCUUUUUUCUUGGCUCAGACUUAGAACAGAAAAUUUUAUUACCUACUUCUGAACAGCAUUAAUCUAAGGAUGAGGAUUUCACCCUGCAGUACAAACAGUACUUUAGUUUUGCCCUUUUUUUAUUGUUACUUUCAUUUCCCCAGAAAGUUAAACUUGCAACACACGCAGUAAAGCAGAACCAGAUUAAAUUAUAUUUACCAAACCAAAAACAAAAAGACCUCUAAAAGUCAAGGGUGAAGGCCACACUGGUGCACCAUUAAGAGUUCAUUUAUUAGUGUGGCAUAUCAUCCAAGUGUUCCAUUCGUUGAACCAGACCUGAUGAAUUUUGUAUGGUUUCUUGUGGUAUAAUUCAACCAUUUAUUGAAUACUAAAUGUUUGUAUAUUAUUUAAUUUGAUGAGAUUUCAUGUCCAAUUUACUAUUUAUUGGUGCAUCUAAAAUAAUAUCAAUGCUAUCAUAUCUUUUGUGUUCUGGUUUUGCUUUCAGUUGCUUUCUACAAUGCAAAACAUUAUAUUUAUCACAGCUACUUUGGCAUUUGGAUACAGAGACUGACAUUCCAUUAAAAGCUAUUUUUAUGUAAAGGUGAAAAACUACAAAGCUGAUUUUGAAAUUAUGUUUUGGAAGUGAUGCCAGUGCAAUUUUCUUUUUCCUCCAAAGAAUCCUGUGUAUUGGCUAACCCGGUACCUGUGCAAUGCCAGAAAUACAUUACUUGAAUGUUUUUGGGAUGGCAGUAUUGAUAGGAUUCAUAGAGCUACAAACAGUGUAAAGUCAAGUUUGAGAAGUGCUUUAGGGUGAUCAUGGGGUUAACAUGCCUCCAGCCACAGGGAUAAUCAUAGGCACUAUUCCUUGUGUGUUUUUUUUUUUUUUGUUUGUUUGUUUUGUUUUUUUGUUUUGUUUGUUUGUUUGUUUUGUUUUUUGUUUUGUUUUGUUAUUUUUUUGUAAAUACCUAUAAAUAUUUUGAAGAUCUAUCAAGCUGCACUGCACAGUGAUUUGCUUUUGUUUUCUGCUCUUGCAUUGUUACUGUGAAGAUCUGUUUACUAAAGGAUUAAAGUGUGCAAUAAAAACAAAAGUGAGCACAGUUUUCUUUGUGUAGGUGGCUGCAGAUGUACAAGACUUUAUGAAUAAGUAAAGGUUGAUGAGUAUGA